UCUCUCUCUCUCUCUCUCUCUCUCUCUCUCUCUCUCUCUCUCUCUCUGCAGACCGCACCAUGCCUCUCUCCGAGGCGCCCUGGGACUGAUCGGAUACAGAUCGCAGUGAGCGGCCGCCAGCUGAAGCCCGCAGGAAAGCGGAAUAUGCGUUUUUACGCAGCGCGAUGAGCGACGCUCCGCCGCAGCACUGAUCUUAUUUAUUGUUGUGCUUUGACGCGCAUGUCUGGAUAAAGGGAGCCGCGCGCUUGGGAACGUCGGACUGGAAUGCCAACAAGAUAAUCCCGUGACACCAAGGCUCUGCUGUAAAAACACACCUUGGACCUCAACCCCUGAAUCUCACCAUCGUUCCAUGGACUGAAGGAGGUGAUCAGUGGAAGGCCUGGUUGAUGAGUGUGACGCACCCUUUCCCAAAGUCAUUGGACCAUCCUCCUGUCCCGUUCCAGCAUGGCUAGACGGAGGUUGGACUGCCCACUUCUGAGCCAGGCAUUUGCCUGCCUGCUCCUGGUGUCAAUAGGAUUGUCUUUCGUCCAGAGCAACGAAUGUCCCCAGUUGUGUGUUUGCGAGAUCCGACCCUGGUUCACCCCUCAGUCCACCUACAGAGAAGCCAUCACGGUGGACUGCAAUGACCUUCGCUUAACUCGCAUUCCAGGGAACCUUUCCAGCGACACUCAGGUUCUCCUCUUACAGAGUAACUACAUUGCCAGGACCAGUGAGGAGCUGGAGCAGCUUUUUAACCUGACUGAGCUGGAUUUGUCCCAGAAUAACUUUAGUAGCAUUCGAGAUGUUGGCCUUACCAAUAUGUCCCAGCUUACCACGCUCCACCUGGAGGAGAACCAGAUCACAGAAAUGCCCGAUUACUGCCUGCAGGACCUCAGCAACCUGCAGGAGCUCUACAUUAACCACAAUCAGAUCAACUCAAUCUCUGCCAAUGCCUUUGCUGGACUCCACAACCUGCUCAGGCUUCACCUCAAUUCCAACAAGCUGAAGACCAUCAACAGCCUGUGGUUCGAAUCUACACCCAAUCUAGAAAUCCUCAUGAUUGGAGAAAACCCCGUUGUUGGAAUAAUGGACUUUAAUUUCAAACCACUGAACAACCUGAGAAGCCUGGUUCUGGCUGGAAUGGAUUUGACAGACAUUCCUGCAAAUGCCUUAGUGGGACUUGACAAUCUUGAGAGCCUCUCUUUCUAUGACAAUAAGCUGGUGCAAGUUCCUCAGAGAGCCCUGCAGAAACUGCCUAACCUCAAGUUCUUGGAUUUGAACAAAAACCCAGUGCACAAGAUUCAGGAAGGAGAUUUCAAGAACAUGCUGAGACUGAAGGAGCUUGGUAUAAACAACAUGGGAGAGUUGGUUUCUAUUGAACGUCACGCUUUGGACAACCUUCCUGAGCUCACUAAGCUGGAGGCUACAAACAACCCCAAGUUUUCUUUCAUCAAUCGUCAAGCCUUUCGCGAUGUGCCAGCCUUAGAAAGCCUGAUGCUGAACAACAACGCUCUGAACGCCCUGUACCAGUCCACAGUGGAUGCUCUCCCCAACUUGCGUGAAAUCAGUAUCCACAGCAACCCUCUGCGCUGUGACUGUGUCAUUCAGUGGAUGAGCUCUAACAGAACCACAGUUCGCUUCAUGGAGCCUCUGUCCAUGUUUUGCGCGAUGCCGGCUGAGGUUAGAGGGAUGCAUGUGCGGGAGGUAUUCCAUAGUAACUUGAUAAGUCAGUGCUUGCCGAUGAUUUCUCACGAUACCUUCCCCAGCCACCUCAAUUUAGACAUCGGCAUGACCGUGGAUCUGGACUGCAGAGCUAUGUCUCAACCUGAGCCUGAAAUCUACUGGGUGACACCGAUGGGGAACAAGGUAAUGAUUGACACCUUAUCUGACAAGUACAGCCUCAGCAACGAGGGGACUCUGAGGAUCUCUCGUAUCCAAGUGGAAGACUCCGGCAGAUACACCUGCGUGGCUCAAAACUCCGAGGGAGCCGACACCAGGGUGACAGCGAUACGAGUGAACGGCACUCUGCUGGACAGCACACAGCUCAUGAAGAUCUACGUCAAACAGACAGAAUCUCACUCCAUCCUCGUCUCCUGGAAAAUAAACUCCAACGUGAUGACCUCUAACCUCAAGUGGUCGUCCGCAACAAUGAAAAUAGACAACCCACACAUCACGUACACUGCCAGGGUGCCCGUGGAUGUCCACGAGUACAAUCUCACCCACUUGCAACCAGCCACCGAGUACGAGGUGUGCCUGACCGUCUCCAACAUCCACCAACAGACGCAGAAGUCGUGCGUCAACGUGACGACGAAGCAGGCGGCCUUCGCCGUGGAAAUAUCCGAUCAAGGGACCAACACUGCCCUGGCAGCGGUCAUGGGAACCAUGUUUGCAAUCAUAAGCCUGGCCUCUCUGGGUGUGUACAUCGCCAAGAGGUGGAAGAGGAAAAACUAUCACCACUCCCUAAAAAAAUAUAUGCAGAAAACCUCCUCAAUACCGCUAAACGAGCUGUACCCUCCCCUCAUCAAUCUGUGGGAGGCAGACAGCGAGAAGGAGAAGGAGGGCUCAUCCGACACCAAACCCAGCCAGGUGGACACCACACGCAGCUAUUACAUGUGGUGAGAGCAGCUUUUCUAGUCGGAAAUACAGAGACACCUUUGUUUCAGGAGCACAAAUUUACAUAUUUGCUUCUUGGUCGCCCGAGUGAACUAAAACAUUUGUUUCCUUUCACGUUUCUUUCUGGGGUUUUUUUGGGUCUCUCAGACUGAAGCAAGCAAUGAAGCAACAUUUUAAGACCUCUAGUUUAGCAUACUGCCUUUUUACCUCUUGCCCAUUUUUGACACAGUAUGGCAGCUUUCUUUAGCUUCCUGGAUUUGGUAGUCAUUGUGCUUUACUUUGAGUACUCGUUUUGAUGAACACAGCAUGAGCACUGAGGCGGAUUACACAUGCGGAAGCAAAAGGAACGCUGAAGUUCGAUCUUUUUUUUUUUUUCCAUGACUCUUUUCUCUGGCAGAACUGUUAAACACUGCAAUCUUUCUCUUGUAAAACAGUUUCACUGUUGACUGUUGUGCACUGAAAUAUAUAUACUAAUUUGUCUAUCGACGCAAAUGUAAGCUGACAAAGUAUGUUUAGACUUGAUAUCCUGUCUAUUGAAUAAUGUUAGAAACUCUUCUGUAAUGUUGUAUCAGCUAUGAUUUACUUUUACUUUUUGUACAAUGAAUAACAGUAUGUUUGAUUUAGACAUUUCCGUUUGCAGAGCAACUACUGUAAACCAGCAAUAGAAAUAUGAAUGUUAAAAACUAGGUACAUAGUGUAAGGCUUUUGGGUUUUCUUAAAUAUUUUGUUUCUUAUUUUGCUAGAAUAUGUCUACAAUCACUGGAUUUGUUGUGGUUUACACACACAAACAUGUUGUUUAACGAGGAGCGAGUCAAAUAAAAUCUUUCCUCAUAUUUUCUAAA